CCCAACCCACAUGUGCCUGUGCUGCUUUGCAUUACUUUCUUCCUCCCUUAUACCAACCCAAUAAACCAAUGGAGCGGUUAAAGACUUCGGAGUUUGACCUGCUCAAUGCCAACUGAGAAAAGAUUACCAUUCUGAUGCAAAAGAUAAGCCCCACAAAAAACUUCCACAAACCUUCCAUAACAAAAAACUGUCUAAAUACACUCAAGAAUGGUGCUUUAUUUUCCAAGCACUGAACAGUUUGAAGGAUUUUUCUCCAGCAAAAGUCUCAAAAUCCUCAUCCUCAAGGCAAGAAGACUUGGGGACCAACCAGCCACAAUUCCCGGACAAGAUUGGCAGUUUGGCACGAGCAAGAGCAUAGAAGAAUACCAAACAACUCUUCUUCUUCUUCUUCCUCUUCUUCUUCUUCUUUCCGAAUAUCCCCUUUGAGAAAACAUCAAGGCUUCUUGACUUCUUCUCUUUGGUUUUGUCUGCUCUUUCCCCCCUUGAAUACAAUUACAACCCCUGUCCAAAAGUUCAAGAAAAUUGGAAACGCACAGUCACAUACUGGCCCAUCAUGGUUAAUAUGGAAAGACACCACUGCAGCUAUGCAGUAAUACUAUUGCUUUCCCUUAUCAUCAUCCUUGGCCUCGUCUCUUUUUCUUUGUGUUUUGCUGCUGAAUUCAAGAGAUCAAAGAAAGAGGACCUUAGAUUUAAUGGGAAGCUUUGUUACUUAGCAGGAAGUCAAGGAUUUGAUUUGGGAGUUGCAGCCUUAGUGUUUCUGUUCAUUGCUCAAAUCAUUGGAAACCUUCUUGUUUGCUGCAAGUUUCGGUCAAGAAGCCAUGAAAGAGGCUGCAAGACAAAGCAACCAAAGAUAGUCAUCAUUUCUUUAGUUCUUUCAUGGAUCAGCUUUGGAGUCACUAUUAUAUUAUUAGGUGCAGCUGCCAGCAUGAGUAAGAGUCAACCCUAUGGAGAAGGAUGGUUAGAUGGGGAAUGCUACGUUGUUAAGGAUGGAAUUUUUCUUGGCUCAGCAAUUUUGAUUUUGAUUACUUUAGGUACAACAAUUUCUUCGAUUAUCAUUACAAUAAGAAGGAGACAAGCCGAAAAAGAAGGCAGAAAAGUGCAUGCACAAGCCGAAUCUGCCUAGCAAAAUAAUAGAUUUUUUUUUUUGAAAAUUCUUUUUUCUGUUUUAAAACAAGUGCUAGAGAAAGGAGUAUACUUCCCUUCCCCUAAUAAGGGCGAGAAUUUCCAUUGAAACGCAAAAAAAAAAUUUAAAUUAAAUCCAUUACUUCUAAAUUGACAGUGACAAAAGCUGAAAUUUAGUACA